AUGGGAGAUAUUGUAGAUCAUGAAGAAGAGUUGUUGAGUCUUAGACUUGCUAUAGUCAAUGAUUCAUCAUGUUGUGAUAAUCAUAUAAAUAAGAAGAUCAUCAAGAAGAGAAAAAGGAGGGAAUUAAUGAUGAAUUUCAUAAAUACUUGGGAUUUAAAUGAAAGUAAUUGUGAAGGAAAAAUAUUAAGUCUUUUAGAGUUGAGAGAAAUGAUGUUAAAAAAUGAUGUAAAGAAAAAAGGUCAUAUUAUUAAUGAUGGAAAAGGUCUACACCUAAUCCAUUCAUUGCUUAUUUCAGCCACAUCAAUUGAUGAAAAUAGCAUGAGUUUAGCUAUUGAAAAUCUACAUGAAUUGUAUCAAAAUGUUACCUUAUUUGGUGAUUCAAUCCAAAGAAUGGCUGCCUAUUUUGCUGAUGGAUUAAUAGCAAGACUAUUAACGCGAAAAUCGCCAUUUUAUGACAUGAUAAUGAAGCCACCAACACAAGAAGAAGAGUUCUUGGCUUUCACUCAAUUCUACAAGGUUUCUCCUUUUUAUCAAUUUGCUCAUUUCACAUCUAACCAAGCCAUUCUUGAAGUCUUUGAGAAAGAAUUAGAAUAUAACAAUGGAUUAUUGCAUGUUAUAGACUUUUUUGACAUAUCUUAUGGAUUUCAAUGGCCUUCUCUAAUUCAAUCUCUAUCAGAAAACUCAACCACAUUGAAUAGAAUUUCUCUCAAGAUCACUGGAUAUGGAAGAACUAUCGAUGAAUUGAGAGAAACUGAGACAAGACUUGUUAGUUUUGCAAAGGGUUUUCGAAAUUUAUCUUUUGAGUUUCAAGGGGUUUUAAGUGGAUAUAAACUAAGUAACCUAACAAAAAGGAAAAAUGAGACAUUAGCUAUAAAUUUGAUCUUUCAUUUGAACUCAUUAGGUACUUAUUCCAAGAUUUCAAAGACAUUGAAAGAAGUACAUGAUCUUUGUCCUUCUAUAGUUACUAUAGUGGAACAAGAAGGAUGUAAAAUCCCUAAAACAAAUUUCAUGCCAAGAUUCAUGGAUUCAUUGCAUUAUUUCGCGGCUAUGUUUGAUUCAUUAGAUGAUUGUUUACCUAUUGAUAGUAUUGAAAGAUUGAGUAUUGAAAAAAACCAUCUUGGGAAAGAGAUCAAGAAUGUGUUGAAUUAUGAUAAUUCAUCAUCAAGAUAUAAUGAUGAUAAUGAACAAAUGGAGACAUGUAAAGGGAGAAUGGAAAGUCAUGGAUUUAUAGGAGUUCCAUUGAGUUGUAAGAACAUAAUGCAAGCAAAGUUGCUUAUGAAAAUUAGAAGUUAUUCUAAUUCUACAAUACAAAUUGAUGGAGGAAUAAAUGGAGGGUUUAGGGUUUUUGAAAUUGAGGAUCCAAGAGCUAUUUCUCUAGCAUGGCAAGAUAGGUCUAUUGUAACUGCAUCUGCAUGGCAUUGUGUAUUGUAA